AUGGCGUUGCAUCGAUCCUCAUCCACAACUGCCAGGAAACGCGGCCGGCAAAGAAUGGCGGGAAAGAGUAAUCAGAAGAAUGGUGGACGAGUUAAAAUCAAUGUUGGUGGGGUCGUGUUCGAAACUACAGUCUCCACAUUGACAAGGCUGAAGAAUACGUUGCUUUCCACAAUGGUGACGGAACGCUGGCGAAACCAGGAAGAGUUUUUCGUGGAUAGGAAUCCAAAAUAUUUUGCAAAAGUACUAGAUUACCUGAGAGACGGUGAAAAUGUUACUCUUCCCAAUGGAAGUGAGGCCCGAGAAGCUCUUCGAAAGGAAGCUGAAUUCUACAACCUCCAUGGUCUUGCCAAGAUGUGCAUGUCUUGCCCGUCCGCAUACAAAGUCGACGAAGGCUCUGUAGAAGACAUCAAAACUGGUGAUGUAGUGCGCUGGAGGGAAAGUGUCAUCGAAAAUUACUGGAAGUAUCUUGUCAGGUACUGGUACGAGCGUGAACAAGCACGGUAUCGCGAAGAAAAUUCACGUUGUAUAGCCUGUGGAAGUCUCGCGGAGCAUUAUGUUGGUCCCACAGCCACAGUCACUAAAGUCGAUGUCGAUAAAAUACUGACCGAACGUGGAGAUUGGAUAGCGCUGAGGCAACAUAUGCCAUAUAUGAGAGGACAAGUGACAAAUGCGGUAAUUUUUUAG